ACUUUAGUAGGAUUAAACAGAUUCAAUAAAAAUGAUCUUUUCUCAUAAGAAUUUUUCAAUAUUAAUAAUCAUAAAAAUUAUAAUAGUUUUUUGUCAAAUAAAAAAUUCAUUAUCAAUUUUUCAAAAUCAAUUAAAUAUUACAAAAGUGCAAAAUUUAAUUAACAUUGUACAACAGCAUCAACAACGCAUUUCAUCAUCAUCAUCAUCAUCAUCAUCAUUGACAAAAGAAAUUGAAAUAAAUUUUUCUAAUCCAUGUUAUGAGGAACUUUAUCAAUUUACAAAAUCAUUAAAGAAAGGCGAAUUAUGGACAUAUCAAAUGGCAGAUGCAACUUCAAAAUUACAACCGGGAAUAUUAGUUGGCAAUAUUAUCGAUUUGGGAAUGUACGACGAGUGUUUGUCAAUUAAUGUAAAUAAAAAUGGAUCAUUAAUUCGUGGACGUCAUUGCAUGUACUCACUUUCUACAAAUAAAAAAGAAAUAAUGCCAAUGCUUUCAAUUUGUGUUCCGUCAAUAUGCAAUGCAACAGAUAUUAAUCGACUACUAAAUUUAAUAAUAAAUAACAUAACAGAUAUUCAUGAAUUUGGAAUUGAAUUAAAAUCAACGACAUGCUCGAGAAUUGAUACACUGGAAUGGUCAAACGGAAGUAUAAUCGCUUUAUCAUUCAUUGUAAUUUACGUUUUAAUUUUAAUUGGAUGUACCAUUCUCGAUAUAUUUUAUGCGACGAGAGAUUCAAACAAUAUUUUUGUAAAAACUUUAAUACCAUUCUCAUUACGUCGAACUAGUUGGAAAAUUUUAAAUACAAAAGUAAAUAAUUCCUCAAUACCGGUACUUAAUGGAAUUCGUGUAUUGAGUAUUGCAUGGGUUGUAAUGGGUCAUACCUAUGCUACACGUGUAAUGACAAUUGUUAAUAAACUGCACGCCCUAGAGUGGUUUGCCAGUUGGGAUUCAAUAUACAUGGUACUGGCACCUUAUGCAGUUGAUAGUUUCUUUACAGUUAGUGGUUUUCUAAUGGCAUAUCAUUUUUUGAAAAAAUUUGAAAAAGUUGGAAGUACUAAUAUUUUUGAAUAUUACAUUCAUCGUUAUAUUAGAUUAACACCAGCUGUGGGAAUGCUUUUGGUUUUUACAAUAUUUAUUGUGCCACACAUUGGUUCUGGUCCACUUCGUGAAAGUUAUGAAAUUUAUAAUCAAUGUGACGAGUGUUGGUGGACAAUUCUUUUAUAUUUGCAAAAUUUUAUCAACAGCCACGUAAUGUGUUUGGCUCACUUGUGGUAUUUGGCAGUUGAUAUGCAAUUAUUUUGGUAUUCACCAAUUAUUUUAUAUCCAUUGGCAAUAAAACCAAAAAUUGGAUUAUUAAUUUUACUUAUUAGUUUUAUUGCAAAUUUAAUUACAACUGGAAUAAUUAUAGGCGUAAAUGAAUAUUCGUAUAAUCUCAUGGCGGAAAGAAAUAUGGAAAUGUUUGAAGCCGUUUAUAGAGUGCCUUAUACAAGAGCCGGUCCUUGGCUUGUGGGAAUUUUUUUUGGAUACUUAAUUGUCAAACAAAAUAUAAGAUUUACAAAGAAAAUUGAAAUUUUGGGUUGGAUUGGAACUGCUGCGAGUUUUAUAUUUUGUACUCUUGGCGUUAUUUAUUGUCAAAGAAAAGAUUACAAAUACAAUAUAAGUUUUGAAAUAAUUUUUGGAAGUAUUGCCCGUUCAAUUUGGGGUUUAGGAGUGUCUUGGAUUAUUUACACGUCUAUUAAUAUUCGUGGAGGGCCAAUAACAAAAUUUUUAUCGUUGCCAAUUUUUGUACCAUUGGCAAAAUUAUCGUAUUGCAUCUAUUUAGUUCAUGCUUCGGUACAAUUAUUAUUGGAGAGUACAACACGAGUGAAUGUUUAUUUUUCAGAUAUUCAAUUUAUUUCCAUUUCUUUCAGUGAUUUUAUACUAUCAAUUCCACUUGCUUUUAUCUUCAGUUUAUGUUUUGAAUCACCAAUUUUAGUUUUGGAGAAAAUGAUACUUGGAAGGAAAAGAAAGUCACAAACAGAAUUACAAAAUAAUGUCAAUGGUAAAGAAAAUUUAGAAGACUUUUCAACAUCUCAGUAAUUAAUAAUUAAAUUUUUUCAAAUUGACAAAACAUAUAUAUUUUUACUAUUUUUUUUAUAAAACUAAUUUUAUUAAUUAAAAUGAAAAUUAAUUGUAACUAUUUUGUAAUAAAUAGCAAAAAAUAAUUAUUAAUAAUUAAA